UCUGAUGUCAGAGGAAGUCAGUGCGGGAGGAUGGCUGCAGGGCGGAGAGACGCGGCUGACCUGGGCAGGAGCCUGUGUAUCAUCACGGGGGCGUCCCGGGGGCUGGGCUGGGCGCUGUCCAUGGUGCUAGCCCCCCGGCUGAUGCCGGGCUCCCACCUGGUGCUGGUGGCCAGGUCCGGGGAGCGCCUGCAGCAGCUGGAGGCUCGGCUGCUGGAGGAGAGCCCGGGGAGGGGUGGCCAAGUCCGUCUGAGCCGAGUUGAAGCAGACCUGAGCCGGGAAGAGGGUUUGCAGCGUGUCCUGAACACGGCGAUCAGCACAGAGGGAGCCGCUCCGGACAGACUGCUGCUCAUUAACAACGCGGAGCGUUUCAGUGCAAGAGCAUCUGUGCAGCUUGCAAGCAGAGUACAGAUUUCUAGCACACUGAUUGGGUGUUUGUGUUCAGCUCAGUUGACGGUGUCCUUUGCCCAUACAGGUCCCUUGGACACUGACAUGCAGAAGCAAGCUCGGUUAGAGACUGCCGACCCAGAACUCAGGCAAACAUUCCUCACCAUGCAUCAGGAAGGCCAGCUCAUCAAUUGUCAUGACUCUGCCCGAAAGCUGGUGAAUAUCCUCAUUCGAGAUGACUUUCCGUCUGGAGCCCACAUUGAUUACUAUGACCAAUAAAACCCCAGGAAUGUUCAUUGUUGGGAUGACUCACACACACAAAGGCCAGUGUCAGACAUUCUCUCCAAACAUGGACUCCAACACAGACUCUCUUGAUCUGUCCAGGUCAUUUCCACUAUCUCUGCUUCUUGUUCCAAACCAGGCAAGAUACCUCUCGGCCUGUUCACAACUCAACAAGUGACAACACCUGCUGCCCGCAGGCUUUAGCAAUGAACCCUCUGCCUCGGGGAAAAGUGGUUGUGCCUAUAUGUAGCUUCCAGUCUCUUUACUGUACCCUGUUUUUGAUUGUGUCUACCUUUCCUCCCUCUACGGCUCCAACUGUCUGCCUCUCUAUCCAUUACUGACGACAUUUCUUUCUCUCAAUGUAUGCCUCUCUCUGUCCCUCAUGUUUCUAUCAAUCUCCAUUGUUCUCUCUCUCUCUCUGUCCCUUGUGUCUCUGUAACUCUACAUUGCUCACUCUAUCCCCUUGUGUUUAUAUAAUUCUCUGCUGCACACUCUCUCUCUCUCUGUCCCUCAUGUUUCUAUCAAUAUCUAUUGUUCUCACUCUCUCUGUCUGUCCCUUGUAUCUCUGUGACUCUAUAUUGCUCUCUCUAUCCCUUAAGUUUCUCCACUGCUCUCUUCCUUUCUCUCUCCUUCUCUGUUCCUGUUCUCUUCUAAUGAGAUCAUUUUUGCCUUUGUUCUGUUUGAGUGUGUCUCUCUCAGGGAGGUGAUAUAUCUGCCAUGCCACUGUUUUGAUGAAUAGCCCACUGUCCUGGCCAAUACUUACCUCAAGCAACUCUAAUAAAAUAAAUUAUCCUGAUCAUUA